AUGUGGCUCCUGGAGCGGCUCCGUGGCGUGGCGGAGAAUGGUGGGUCGCGGGGCACGGGGCCGGAGGAGUCCCCGCGGGGUCCCCGCUACAGCAACGUGCUCACCCCUGACAAGAUCCCCGACUUCUUCAUCCCGCCCAAGCUCAGUGCAGUGCCUGCCGAGGCCGAGGGCCCCGAGCCCCCCACACCAACGACCCUGGGCGCCUCGGCCUCGGAGCAGGACCUGGCAGGGCGCAAGCUCCCUCGCAGCCCCCGGCCACCCAGCCGCUCCCGCGUUGCCAGUCGGCACAUCAUCCAGGUCGAGAGCGCCGAGGACUGGGCGGCCGAGGGGGGCUUUGGCACCAACGUGGACCCGCAGGCGCAGACAGCCAUGUCGCUGCCCUACGUGCCCAAGGCGCAGACCUCCUACGGCUUCGCCACGCUGGUGGAGAGCCCGCACACACGCCGCAAAGAGUCACUCUUCCACAGCGAGCACAGCAGCCUCUGCCCCUCGCCGGCCACCUCGCCGACUGCCCCACGCCGGGCCAAGCUCAACGGUGAGAGUGGGCUGCGCACACCUGCCGACCUGGGUGCAGCCCUCAUGCACCCCAGCCGCUACUUCAGCGGCGGCGAGAGCGACACGUGCUCCUCGGCCGAGUCGUCGCCCUUCGGCUCCCCGCUGCUCUCCCGUUCUGUCUCCCUACUCAAGAUCUUCAGCCAGGAAAGCCAGUCCAAGGUCAUCAAGCUGAAGCACUCGGUGGCCCGCAACAGCUCACUCUCCACUGACGACAGCUCGGCUGACACCAGCCCCAGUGCCCAGCGCCGUACCAGGAGCACCCCGGCGGGGGGCCAGCCACCCCCAGCCCUGCUGCCGCUGGAGCUGCCGCAGAGCCGUGGCCAGGAGCGCAGCCUGUGCCUCAGCCACGGCGGCAGCCUGCGCCUGGCUGCCGACUACGACCCCUCCAACGCUCGGCUCCGCGUGCGGCUUGUCUCCGCCGAGGACCUCUACGACGCCCUGGUCGACCUGCGCAGCAUCAACUGCUGCGUCUCGCUGUGUCUCAACCCUGGCAAGCUGCAGAAGCAGCGCAGCACCAUCGUCAAGAACAGCCGCAACCCCGUCUUCAACGAGGACUUCUUCUUUGAUGGGCUGGGCCCCGGCCACGCCAGGAAGAUGUCCCUGAAGCUCAAGGUGGUCAACAAGGGCAGCAGCCUUAAGCGGGACACGCUGCUGGGGGAGAAGGAGCUGCCGCUCACUGCCCUCCUGCCCUGCCUGUAG